GGAAUAAAAUGUGACCUAGAACACAACAUAGGUAUUCUACCGACAGACUGCGGUCUAAGUAACGAAGAAUACAUCCUUACUAGUGCUCCAUUACUUGAUGAGUUUCCAUGGAUGGCUAUUAUUGUUUACACAGUGUGUGAAAAAUGUAGCCUAUGUGCGGGUUGGCGAGUACAACCUAUCUACCGAGUUGGACUGCAUAGGCGAUGAAACCGUUGGAAUUGACUGUUUAAAUAACACUCAGGAUUUCGAAGUGGGGGAGACAAAAGUUCAUGAGAAUUUUACAAUGUCUGCCGACUUCAUUAUAAACGAUAUAGCAUUGAUUCGUUUGAAGAAAAAGGUCGAUUUCAGCUUCGAUAACAUCGGACCGAUUUGCUUGCCCAUCCCAGAGCAAGAUAUAACGAAAAAUAGAGGGAAAAUCGUUGUAUGGGGCCUAAAUAAGCCAAAUUAUACGGUCAUGAGAAAAUACGACAUCUGGCUUACACCUCUAGAGGAAUGUUAUAAAAAAUGCAAUAGUCCUUCGUCGCUUAAAGACAUUAAAUUGAUGAGCGAAUAUUGUGUCCGUAAAGAAGAUAUAUAUAACGCAGAUAUCGGGGGUCCUUUAAUGUUCAGGACUUUCGGGAACAAUAGACUUGCACAACAUGGAGUGGCCUCAAGAGAAACAGCAGAAUGCGUAUUUUAUACAAACGUGGCUGACUACAUUUAUUGGAUUCUAGAAAAUAUAAGAGAAUAA